CAGAUGUCGGUGGUGCUCUGUGAUGGGGUGGCGCCCCCUGUGAGUGAGCGCUGGUACUGCAGAUGUGAGUGGACUGGGCUGCACACAGAGAACGGGCCGUGAUGGCAGGAACUGCUCUAAAAAGAUUAAUGGCUGAAUAUAAACAGCUGACCCUGAAUCCUCCAGAGGGAAUCGUUGCAGGUCCUGUAAAUGAGGAGAACUUCUUUGAAUGGGAGGCGCUGAUCAUGGGUCCUGAGGACACGUGUUUUGAAGGAGGUGUUUUCCCGGCUGUUCUUAGCUUUCCAUCAGACUACCCUCUCAGUCCUCCCAAGAUGAAAUUCACCUGUGAUAUGUUCCACCCCAACAUUUAUCCAGAUGGCCGAGUGUGUAUCUCUAUUCUGCAUGCUCCGGGAGACGACCCAAUGGGGUAUGAAAGCAGCGCUGAGAGAUGGAGUCCGGUACAGAGUGUUGAAAAAAUCCUUCUGUCUGUGGUCAGCAUGCUUGCAGAACCAAAUGAUGAGAGUGGAGCAAAUGUGGAUGCUUCCAAGAUGUGGCGAGAGGACAGAGAGCAGUUCAACCGAUUGGCCAAACAGAUAGUCCGCAAAUCCCUGGGCCUCUAAUCUCUAUCACACACACACACACACACACACACACACAUAUACACAAACACAUACACAAACUUCUCCAUAACCUCCUUCAUCACACUGAGCACUUUAUCUGUGUCUGUCCUCUCUCACUGAUACUGAUGGAUGGAUGGACAGAUGGAUGUUAAAGAUAAAUUACACCUCCUACAUCAGUGGACUUUCUCUCAGUGCAGCAUUUCUGCUCCUUUCUGGACUAAAGGAUUGAAAUGCUGUUUCUUGGUUUCCAUUGAAACAGUGGAUGUUGUCCAGUCUGCUGUCUGAAUGCUGUGGUGCAUGUUUCAGUGCUUCAUAUUAAAAUGAUUAAAUCUAUAUUCUUAUGACAAGCAGAAGGAAACGGGAUAUGAAACGGUGAGAGAUUUAUUUGACAAGAUUUGAAGUGAUUGUUUGAGUUCCUCUGCAGUGGAGGAGAGAUACGACAAUAAAGUUAACUGUGAUUCGUAAA